UGAGCUACAUUCUCGUUCAGUCAUGGCCGACAGUCUGUCUCCCUCAACACGAACCCAACUCUUUUCACUCUGUUUCUUGGCCACCACAGCCUUGCUACUAUUUCGAUCAACCUUGUCCUAUACCCAUGUUCACCUGAACAAUAUUAGGGACCAAAGGGCGUUGCUUGCCUUCAAGCUGUCCACCAACGACCCCAUGAAUACAAUGUCUAAUUGGAAGCGCAAUACCUCUUUCUGCAACUGGAAUGGAGUCUCGUGUAGUCGUCGCAGACAGAGGGUCGUAGCUCUAAACCUUGCAGGCAUGUCACUCAAAGGCACUAUCUCUCCAUAUCUUGCCAACCUCUCCUUCCUCCACGUCCUCAACCUCUGCUCCAAUCUUUUCCAUGGCACUCCUCCCAUCGAGCUUGGUCAGCUUGCUCGGUUAAGAAUCCUCGAUCUGUCUGAAAAUAAUCUGGAAGGCGCAGUUCCACAGAGCUUGUGUCUCUGCCAUAGCCUUCAACAACUUGUUCUGUCGCAUAAUCAAUUCGAGGGUGCCAUUGGCGCGUGCCUGGGGAGCCUGCCGGAUCUUAAGUACCUCUACCUUGGCUCUAAUAAGUUCAUAGGCAUCACAAUUCCUCCUUCCUUGGGAAACCUUUCGAAACUUGAGCACUUAGAUCUUUCAAGCAAUGGCCUGGUUGGAAACAUACCAGAUGGACUCGGUAACCUAUCUCUCUUGCGUACCAUCAAUUUGGCACACAACAAUCUCACAGGUAUGGUGCCCCAGUCCAUGUUCAACAUCUCUACUCUCCAGAGCAUGGCCCUGGGUUACAAUGGCCUCCACGGACAGCUUCCAAGAGACACAGGCAUUCAGCUUCCCAAUCUCGAGAAGCUCGACCUAACGAUGAAUGGUUUCAGCGGGGAGAUCCCGAAGAGCUUGGUCAAUUGCGAGCGUCUACAAAUGCUCCUUCUGGGCAACAACCGAUUCUCGGGGAGCGUUCUCUCAUGGCUGGGCAGUAUGCCUAACCUUGCCGCCGCGGUGCUCAAUGAUAACGAGUUCACCGGCACCAUUUCACCUUAUUUGGCCAAUCUUUCGACAUUGCAGGUUCUUACUGUUUCUCGUAACAGAUUGAUCGGGGAGAUACCAGAGACAAUAGGAAUGUUAUCACAGAUGGAGUUUCUGGAUUUUGAUUUUAACAAUCUCACAGGCACAGUUCCCCCCUCCAUUUUUAACAUGUCCUCUCUCCAUGUCUUGAGUCUAACGAACAAUCGCCUCAAGGGUCGCCUUCCGCAAGAUGUUGGCUCCACGCUUACAGGUCUCCUCAAUCUCUUGUUGGACAAUAACAGCUUUGAUGGGCAGAUACCAACAUCACUCGGUAAUGCUACCAAGUUAGAGAUUAUUGGUUUAUCAGCUAACAAGUUUAGCGGAACAAUCCCUUUAGAAUUGGGUAGAUUACAACACCUUGAGAAACUCGUUCUUUCUGGCAAUUUAUUGACAAACAUGCCUGGUACCACUGAGCUUUCUAUUAUCACUGCCUUAACAGAGUGCACAGCUUUAAAAGUCUUUGAUUUUUCAGAUAACUUGCUUAGUGGUAUUCUUCCCACUUCUAUUGGAAACUUAUCGUCCAACAUCAAUGAGGCUAGGAUGAGGGCAAACCAAAUAAGGGGUACGAUUCCUUUAGAAAUUACUAACCUAACGAAUCUCUAUCUUUUGGACUUGAGUGAUAAUAGAAUAAGUGGGGACAUUCCAUCGGAUAUCGGAAGGCUGCAUGACCUACAAGGGCUCUAUCUUUAUGGUAAUAUGUUAGAGGGUUUCAUCCCGCCUCAAUUUUACCAAAUGGUUAAACUUGUUAAUGUUGACUUGAGUGAAAACAUGCUCUGUGGGCAAAUAUCAAGCUCGAUAUCCAAUCUUAGCAACUUGCAGUUAUUAUACCUUAGCUCAAACAAUUUGUCCUCAACGAUCCCACCAAGCUUUUGGCAGCUUAAAAAUUUAGGAUUCGUCUUUUUGCAGGACAACUCUCUUACGGGGUCCCUCCCAUUGGAGAUUGGAAAUCUAGCCAAUGUGUACCAGAUGGACUUCUCUGCAAAUAAGUUGUUUGGAGAUUUGCCUGCAUCCUUAGGGAAGCUUCAAAUGCUUCAAUAUCUAAAUCUCUCUAACAACAUAUUUUCUGGAUAUAUCCCACAAAAGCUUGAAACAAUGGUGAACUUGGAAACACUUGACCUUUCUCACAACUCUUUAUCAGGAGAAAUUCCGAAGGAUCUGGGACAAAUGAGAAAUAUCAAGAGCCUGGAUUUGUCAUUCAAUCAAUUGGUAGGAGAAAUUCCAAGUGAUGGGAUCUUUGCCAACCUUACUGCGGAUUCAUUUGAGGGAAACUAUGGCCUUUGUGGGGCUUCGAGAUUUGGGGUGCCAAGGUGUUCCAACAAGAACAAGCAACACAAGAGAUUCAAUCUAACAGGAAUUGUUAUUGCAAGCGCAGUUGGAAGUUGUGCUUUCCUGUUUGUUGUCGCCCUGCUCGUGAUUAAACCAUUUCGUGAAAAGGCAGUAGCUGUAAAGCAUGAUUUAGCUGUAUUAUUUCCCAGAACCAAACAUCCAUUGAUCUCGUAUAGAGAGCUAUUGCAUGCAACAAACAACUUUGACGAUUCGAACUUGAUUGGAAGUGGAAGUUUUGGCUCUGUUUACAGAGGAAUCCUUUCUGAUGGGACAAAAGUUGCUGUGAAAGUGUUAAACCUGCUGUUCGAGGGGGCAUUGAACAGCUUCAGCAUAGAAUGUGAGAUCAUGAGAAAAGUUAGACAUCGAAAUCUUUUGAGAAUUAUCUCUUCUUGCACCAAUGAAGAGUUCAAAGCUUUGGUUCUUCAGUACAUGCCACGAGGGAGUUUAGAGGAUUGCUUAUAUGCGAGUGCAGAGAGCCUGAAUCUUCUCCAAAGAUUGGAUAUCAUGAUUGAUGUAGCAUGUGCCAUGGAAUACCUUCACCAUGAUUUUUUUGAGCCUGUACUUCAUUGCGACUUGAAGCCAAGCAAUGUGCUUUUAGAUGACGAUUUGACGGCAUACGUUGCUGAUUUUGGUAUUGCAAAGAUGUUGGCCGGAAGCAAGUCAUCUACUCUUACAGAAACUCUCGGUUCAACAGGAUAUAUUGCUCCAGAAUUUGGGAUGAGCGGAAAGGUAUCAACUAAAGCCGAUGUUUAUAGCUAUGGAGUUCUUCUUCUGGAGACGUUCACAAGGAGAAAACCUACCGAUCCAAUGUUUGCGGGUGAUUUUAGCUUGAUUCAGUGGGUAGCUGAUGAACUUACUGCAUCUCCUGAUGCAGUUCUAGAGGUCAUUGAUGGAUGCCUUCUGGACGAGUAUUCUGGCAGCAGCCACACUGGGCAGCGAGAAGCUGUGAGAUCAAUCACCAAAAACGAGCUUCUUGUAUCGAUCUUGCAAGUUGGUCUGCUAUGUUCAAGGGAGUCUCCGAGAGGGAGAACCAACAUGAGACAAGUUGUAGCAGAUCUAAAGAAGAUCAGAGAAAAACUGAGCAUCUUAGAAACGGCUAACAUGGCGAGAAACGUCCUUACUCCUUGAAAGUUUCUUGCAGGAUGUCUUUCGUUAUCUAUUGCUCCGUUUUUCGUUCUGCUCAAGAAGGUGUUGCUCAUCCUAUCGGCUGUCGAACACGUCUCAUGCCUCAAUCUCUAUGUCUCUCACGCCUCAUGAAUCCUUCGUUGACCAAUUCCU